AUGUCAUCCACCGGGCAGCCGCCCGCGGGCGCGCCCCAGCCCGUGCCCGCGCCGGUUUUCGGCAGCACCGGCCUGGAAAAGCCUGGCGUGGGGUUCGUCUUCGUGGGGAUGGGACCUUACGCGCGGCAGCUGAAGUGUGAGACGGCCAUCGAGAGCCUGAGGAGGCACGCGGGCUGGGGCGGGCCCGUCUUUCUGAUUACGGACGCGCCGCAGUGCUUUGAGGGCGAGCGGUGGGGGGGGUGCGGCCUGAACGCGACGGUGGUGGCUGUGGAGGGCGAGGGAGACCUGGCCGCCGGUUUCACGGUGCCCAGCCUCACGGCCACCAAGGGGAACCGGCUGCGGAGCAAGAGCUACAAGAUGCGCAUUUUCGAGCUCAUCCCGGACCCGGCCAUCACCACGCUGGUCUUCAUGGACUGCGACAUCCUGUCGGCGGACGCCCCGGGGGGCUGCCUGGAGGCGUUCCUGGCCGAGUACGCCAGGGAAGACCGAUUUGACGCCGACCGGCGGAUUUGGCUGUUCCCGGAGAACGACGACACUAAGAUUCAGGGGGUGGUGCACUCGGGGUUCUUCGUGGCGCACAGGGAGUGGUCGGCGCCCCUGCUGGCGCGGUGGCACGAUCAGCUGAUGACGUUCACGGACCACGCGGACCAGGCUGCGUUCGUGCGGGCGGGCAUUACGGAGUACCGGUUCAUGGACGAGCCCAGGUACUUCUACAGGCCGAGGUGCGACCGGGACGACUGCCCCGCCAUGCCGCUGAAGUGCUUCAACCACAUCAACGGCGCGCGGUGCAUCAAGCAGGGGGCGGACUCCAUACAGACGUUCAUUGACAGGUGGGAGCUGUGCAGCCUGGGGGACGCGCAGUACUGCACGCCCCUGUACAUGGAGCCCUUCGCGAAGUCGUGGCUGCCGUACACGACCUGCCGGAAGAUGGAGGAGGGGCUGUUCGGGAGCUGGAGCGGCAAGAAAGCGCAGUCGAUGCGGGUGCAGUCGUGGUGA